AUGGCACUGACUCCUGUUGAAAUGGCAUAUCUCGCCAUUGGAUACGAUUGGUACCUUUUCGGACACGACUUGCCUACACGUCUUCGGAAUAAGGAAGAGGUCAUGCAUUUCUGUUUUAAAUUCAUUUCCGAGAUUGCUUCAGAUGACUUUUCCAUGACCAGAGAAUGGCAUUCAUCAACAACAGCCAUAAAUGGUGACUCGUCAACCAUAAAUGGUGACCCCGACGUGAUUCGAACACGCAACCUUCUGAUCUGGAGUCAGCCAACUGCGAAGAAUGCAGUAAACUAUAACGAAUCAUGCGCUUCAAAUUUGAAGCCAGUGAAAUUCCGAAACCUGGCAUGUUCGUCUAGUUCUAGUAGAUGCAGAACACGAUUCCCUGUUCCUGUCAUGCUGUCGAAUGGAAAGUUCAUUUGCCAGGCUGCAACUUUAUCGGUCAGGAAAGGCGCUGUUUUGGAACAGCUGACGCAACCUAAGGAACGAAAAGAAAUGGUUCAUGAUGGUACCACUCAGACCAAUGACACAAUCGACACCAUACCUGCUUCGAGAUCAAGCGUGGUUUCUUCCUUCACCACCCUUGUUAAUCCGAACUCCAUGAACCAGUUGAAAGAGCAGGAUGUACGUCUCUUGGAAUAUUUGGGUGUUUCAGUAAUAUGUGAUCUCAUGGUAGAAGAUCGGAAGAUUCACACUGGCGUCACUGUCGGCUCUUCUGGGAAAGUUAAUAAGGACAUAUACGAAGAUUUCCAGAUACUACAAAUGCCUUAUCCUGGUUGCGAGUUCUUUAGAAAAUAUCAUGAAGCAAAUAGAGACCCUACCGGACUGAAAUUCGACUGGGGUCGGAGAGAUGUAACUACCGAAUUUAAAUUGCCUGAACGCUUGUCUGAGCCCUCCAGCUACAGAUUAGUAAUUAUUACCUCUGGUAAUAAUUGUGGUUUUCUUGUGCACUGCGUCUGCGAAUGGGAUCGCACCCCAUUGUUCAUAACCCUUGUGCGCUUGUCACUCUGGGCAGAUGGCUUGAUCCACCAGGCACUGACUCCUGUUGAAAUGGCAUAUCUCGCCAUUGGAUACGAUUGGUACCUUUUCGGACACGACUUGCCUACACGUCUUCGGAAUAAGGAAGAGGUCAUGCAUUUCUGUUUUAAACUUCAUUUCCGAGAUUGCUUCAGAUGA